AUAAUUAUUAGAAAAUGAGCCCGGAGCCGGAUGAACAGUACAAGCGUUUGGAGGGAGAGGAAGAGGUGGAAAAUAAAGAGUCUGAGGAGAAGGAGAGUGCCUCUGAAAGACUAACCGUGGAAGAGAUGGUGAAUAAGACGAUUGGAGCUGAUAACUCUAGAGCCAACCUUUUCAAAUUUCUUGGACUUUACAUCAUUUUAAUGAUGGUAAAGAUGACCGCUCCGGCUCUAGCGUAUAUGCCGAUCUUCGCGGGUUUUUUGAACUACAAGGACUGGAAAUGUGCGUCAGGAAAAUGCAUUGAACUGAUGACAAACUUCACGGACAAACCCGAAUUGUUUUUCAGUCGUGACACGAUCUGCGAUAAUGCUCUGCAACCUAAUGUUGAUUUCACUUGGACGCUGCAGAGGACGAGUUACGCCAUGGAGUGGGGUCUCAUAUGUUCCAACGAGAGCAUGGGAUCCAAUCUAAAGAGUUUUUUCUUCAUCGGGUCUUUCAUAGGUCUCGUCUUAGGGAUUGCUGCAUUUGAUAGAUUCGGUAGGAAACCAACUACUGUGAUAGCACUGGUGAUAACAUGUCUCUCAACUCUUGGUGGAUACUUUGUGAACAGCUACAACGUGAUGCUUCCUGUCAGGAUAAUACAGGGUAUGGGCACCUUCACAGUUCUUAACGGAAUUGAACUGCUCUCAAUUGAGUUUACCCCAUCCAAGCUUAGAAACCUCUGUCAGAUCUUCGCAUCUUGUGGCUGGACUUUUGGAGCUUUUAUGAUUGUAGGUGUUUCCUAUGGUGUGACGGACUGGCAUCAUAUAUUCUUGAUUCAGGGGUGUUUCGCGAGUAUCACAACCAUAAUUGUCCUCAUCUAUCCAGAGUCACCAAGAUUUCAACUUAUAAAAGGAAGGGAGAAGGAAGCGCGAGCCACGUUCAGAAGAAUGUCCAAAAUCUUCAACACCCAAGAAGUAUCUGAAAAAGCCGAGUUGACCUACAAAGAUUAUGAUCAGAGCUAUUUGGCCCAAAUCAAAGACUUCUGGAAGUAUCCUCUGAUGCUGAAGAACACUUUGUUAUUGGUUGUUUGCUAUUUCGUGAUAGCCUGCAUAUCCUACGGUCUGCUCUUCAGCUGGGGUAAACUAGGGGCAGAUAUCUACUCCACCAUAUUUUUUGGUUCUCUCGGUGGUUUCAUCGCUAAGGGAUCUGGAAUGAUAUAUUUUACGAUUCACUACUUUGGCCGAAAAAAAGCUGUGAUGAUAUCCUUUGCUGGGAUAGCUGUAGUCUUCUUCAUUUCUAUUCCCAGCUUCGGGGUCCGUCUCUCGGAUACCUGGAAUCUGGACCAUGUUGUCUGUCUUUGUGCUGCUCCCUUCCUUUCAGGGGUUUGGGGUUCCAUAUCACUUCUUACCAAAGAGUUGUCUCCAACAUCUCACAGGGGAACUAUAUUGUGUAUGGGUUCUGCUGGUGCUAGGGUCGGUGCGAUUGUUGGACCCUACAUGUCCCUUCUCUACAACACUAUGGAUCCCCGAAUUGUUCUGGCGAUAUUCGGAGGCAUCGCCGCCCUGGCUUCAUUCAUUACCUACUUCAACAGUGAUAGCACUGGUAAGCCGAUACCGUCGACUCCUGAAGAGCUCAUGGACCUGUAUUCGGACGCUAAGCAUAAGAAACUGGUGGAUCAAGAGGACGCGUAAUGAAAUAAUCGGGAAACUUUACUGAUUAGUAAACUGAUCAUGCAAUGAAAAAUCAAGAUAGAUUUCAGUGUUGUUAGUUCAAAAGAGACAGAAAUAUUUUGCAGCAAAUCGGGUCAUUAAACAGUUAAACGAUCUCGAUCAUUAUUUUUCCGGGCUGAAAAUUAAUUUCAGAGAUUAUUGAGCCUUAUCGAUACGAUUCAACAUUCCUGACCCUGCAAAUUAGCCGAUCAUAUAUUCAAAGUUAAUAAUUUAAAAAAUAAAUUACAGCGUUUAUUUUCCGGUUGAUGGUACUAAUUAUUUGGGAAAGUCUUUGAUUAGAGCACCGCUACAAUGAUGUUAAACUAGUCUUGCAGUCAAAUUCAUGACCAGUAAACUACUAAAAUUGGCGACCGCGUGGCCGUAUUGAAUGUAUAUUAGAACGUGUUUUACACCUCAACUGUUGUCAUAAUUUGGAUCACUGAGUGAUACUGUUGAUAAGAUAAAGCCUACAUUGAAUUUGAAAUAAA